GGGAUCAACUUUGCUGCAUGGAUGUGCUGGUUUGUGAACCCUUGCAUAAGAUGGUCGGGCCUCCUUAUAAAACUGAGGGGACAGAUAUUGUUACUGUUUCCGCCCCCGUUCCCUUGUCACCUCGUGAAAACUGUUAUGUUGAGGCUGCCUAAGCUUAUUAGUGCUUGAAAAUAGUGACAGCUAUAUAGUGUUUUCUAGGGCAAUGGCUUCCAAAACACCUGUUGGAUUUGUUGGUUUGGGUAACAUGGGAAAUCCAAUGGCGAAAAACCUCGUAAACCACGGUUAUCCUGUUAUCGUUUAUGAUGUAUUUCCAGAAGCAUGUAAAGAAUUUCAAGACUUGGGCUCACAGGUGACAGAUUCCCCAGCAGAUGUAGCAGAAAGAGCUGACAGGAUAAUUACAAUGCUUCCAUCUAAUAAUAAUGCAACAGAAGUCUACACAGGCUCCAGCGGAAUUCUGAAGAAAGUGAAGAAAGGUUCUUUAUUAAUUGACUCCAGUACUAUUGAUCCUGCAGUUUCAAAGGAGCUAGCUAAAGAAGCUGAAAAGAUGGGCGCUGUUUUUAUGGAUGCCCCUGUUUCUGGUGGUGUGGGAGCUGCUCGUGCAGGAAACCUUACAUUCAUGGUUGGAGGAGUAGAGCAAGAAUUCAAUGCUGCAAAGGAACUGCUCACAUGUAUGGGUUCCAACGUAGUCUACUGUGGAGAAGUUGGAACUGGACAGGCUGCAAAAAUCUGCAACAACAUGCUAUUAGCCAUCAGUAUGAUUGGAACAGCAGAGGCCAUGAAUCUUGGAAUCAGGUUAGGGCUUGACCCAAAGCUGCUAGCCAAAAUCCUAAAUAUGAGCUCAGGCCGUUGUUGGUCAAGCGAUACUUAUAAUCCUGUGCCGGGAGUAAUGGAAGGGGUGCCUUCAGCUAACAAUUAUCAAGGUGGCUUUGGAACAACCCUCAUGGCCAAGGAUCUUGGUUUAGCCCAGGUUUCUGCUACCAGCACCAAGUCACCAGUCCCUCUAGGCUCUAUAGCUCAUCAGAUCUACAGGAUCAUGUGUGCCAAAGGCUACGCCCAGAAAGACUUCUCAUCUGUAUUCCAAUUCCUGCGUGAAGAGGAGACCUUGUGAAAUCCCUUUUUGACAGUGGACACUGUUAGAAUCCAAACUGCCUUUGGAGCCUUCUUGUCGGUUACUAAUUAAAUACAUGGGUCUAAUAAAAGAUCAUGAGUCAUGAUCUUGCCCACCUCUAUCUGCUCAGUCACAGCAGAUGCCAGGAUGUAUUGUCUAAUAUAUUGAAAGAUUAUGAGAAAUGGUUUUGGGGGGGGGGUUAAGCUUGUUUAACAAUACAUAAUUUACUUAAAGAAAGAACUAUAAUUGGGUUUCAACAAAAUCCAGUAUAUAUGUACACAAAACUGACAGCAUGGUUUCUAAACCGUGCAAAUGUUACCUGUGACUGAAGGGACUGAUUCUGAGCUUCCUAUCUAAAUAACAAACAAUUUCAACUUAAAAAAAAUUAUUGCUGUGAAGAAUUUUCCUGAUUUUUUUUAAAUCUAGCAUUGGCCUAAUUAUAACUGGUGGAUUUCUCAUGACUUUAGUGGUGGAAAGGUAUGUUAGAAGAUGUUUGCAGGUUAUUGGAAAGCUGCUGCUUAUAUGGUUUUAAAUGGUAGUUAAAAUAAUACUCCGUGUGUGUUUAAUACUAUUCUUUGCUAAUCUAAUUAUAUAUAUUUACCCUUUUCACAUAUUUUCAAAAGGCUCAUGUCUACUAACCUCACUGAUACACAUUGCUUUGGGUAUAUCCCACAUUAUUAUAAAGCUAAAUAAAUAAACCCCAUUACUUUGAAAUCAAAUAAAAUCCAAGAUGGUGAAUGGUCACUAAAACUGUUUGUUGUUUUUAUAUUUGGUUUCCCUCAUAAUUUUUGGAUUCGGUGCACACAAAUAACAGUAAAGAUGCAUUUGAAAACAUAUAUAUAAAGGGAAUCCAAAACCUGUCUUGCAUAGAUGUGCAAAGUGUGUACAGAUCUAUAGAUGGCUAUAUUCGUUAAAGUUUCCCUGGUUUAGAAUGCAGUCCACAUCCUUUAACAUUGAGAACCACAAUCCAGUGCACGUAAACCCUGUUAAUCUUUCUGCAUCAUAACUUGUGGGUAUACUUUGUAUUUUUUACAUGAAGGAACCCUCUGAACCUAUUAAAUGUUAAUCAGAACUGGCUAUUUCCCCAGUUUUUGGCUGUGGGUGGGAGGGAGAAAAACUAUCCAUGCAUGAGACCUAACAAUCAUUAUGUAAUUUUGCUUUGCUGUUAGGUACACACACCUCUAUGCUUAAUGGUAGAGACCAAGUGGAGAUUUACCAUUGGCUUCAAUGAGCUAUGGACCAUUAAGUUCAUGUUUGUAUGUGUCUGCUGGAUCCCUUAUACAUGUUUAACCCUAAUGCUGCAUUGCCAUAAAAUAUGAUUAUUGUAUGUACGUAUAUAUUGGAUUAUUCCCAUUAGUUAUGUUGAGUAGGGUCAGUAUUCGUAUGUUUUCAUCAAUUUAGCUCAUUCACUGGACAAUAUUAUAUGUCUACUCCAAAGCAAGUUCUGUUGAGUUCAGUGGGGCUUUCUCCUAGUUUUAAUAUCUCAGACCUCAACAGGUUAUGUGGAAGAAAGUUCCACUGAAAGUAAGUUUUGAAUACAGUCAGGUGUUAAAACUGUAUUUUUUUUGCUGCGUAAACAAGUAAGUGCUUGGGAAAGUGUUAUUCCAACUGCUGUACCCAGCAUGUCAUCUCAAAACAUGUUUCACGGGUCUUAUAUUAAUGGGAGGAUAGCAUUGCAGGAUGAUAGCCUAGCACAAAUGUUUACUAUUAUGGGGUACUCAUACAUGCAUUUUUUGUCCCUGCUUUUCUUCUUCAGCAACUGCCACUACUGAACUCUCCUAUUUUUGUAAAAGCAAUUUGUGGAUAUGACAUGAGAGCAGUUUAAAAUGAAACACAGGGGAAAGUAUAUAAUGUUUCACUAACCCAUAAACUGUUUUGCUGGACAGCUAACUCUCAGAAAAAUCAGAGGCAUGUGUGCUUUUUCAAACUGUGGCUCAUAAUGUAGAGACUGUUGUAUUGUAUUUUCCAUUUUACAGGGCGAGAGGGGGAGUCCUAAGACACUUUGUUGAGUUGAUCACAUGGACGCAUAAACAGUCUAAUAUAUAUAUCUCUGCUAAUGGUUGGUAAAACAGUCUAACAAACCUGCAUGUUCAAAUCAUGAGUCUGGUAUAAAAUAGAAUAUAAUGAAAUGAAAAAUAGAAGAUAAAUAGAUGGAACAAACCUGCUUUCAUGCUUUGGAGUGUUUAUGGUUUAAGAUUCUCUCCACAACUAUGAACACUGGAAGUGUGUGUGUGUGUGUGUGUGUUUAAAGCCAGUGUUCUCAUCAGUUCAGCAAUUGGUCCUUAAGCAAAAAUGAAUUGUGAAGUUAGCACUUAACUGACCACCACGACACAAAAUCUAGAUAUUUCUCUGAUUGGUUGGCAAACCUGAAUGAAAGUAACUUUUUUUAAAAAGAAAAGAUAAAGAUAGAUAGAAA